UGAGGGAAAGAUGAACGGAGCAAAGUACAGAGAGAUCCUUGAUGAAAACCUGCUCCAGAGCGCUCAGGACUUCAGACUGGGGGAGAAGGUUCACCUUCCAACAGGACAAUGACCCAAAGCACACUAGUUUAUAAAAAAGACGCUUGGAUGUUCAUUCCAUGUUGUUAAGGUUACUAUAUUAUGUUGUUGGUUGGUUACCAUGCUACGGGAAUAUCUCCUCGCCAUCUCUGCUUCUUCUCUCCUCCUCUUCUUCCUGUCUUCUCUCUCCCUCUAACUCUCUCUCUCUCCUCAAGUGAUGAAGACCUCCCAGGCAGCGGAGACAGAAGGCGAUAAGGUCACUUCCUGGGUGUCUGUGUGCCCCAGGGGCUUGUGGGAAGUUUGUCAGAGUAGGAAACGAGGGGCGGAGCCAACUGACCCCUCUGGAGACGUCUACCCCGGGAUUGGCUCUCUGUGUCAGGUCAGAGUUCAACGCCAAGGAGAACCUACAGCUGACCCAGAGCUGUCACUCAAACCUGACCUGCCAAUCGCAGUCCUUUCAGAUGCCCAGGUCCCACCCCUACAGCGCUCCCAGGAUACCAUGCUGCAGGUCCCGCUUGGUGAUUGGAUCAUUCUGAGGCUGGGGGAGGGGCAGUGUGACAUCACAGAGGGGUGUGUGGAGGGGAUGAGAGCUGGAGAGAAGUGUGAGGUAAUGCUGACUCCACUAACAGACCGACUCCGGGGAGGAGAAGAGGAGCAGAAGAGAGCAGGCCCUGACCAGUCCCUGUGCAUAACAGUAGAGCUCCAGUCCUUCUCUCCUGGCCAUGAGUCCUGGCAGCUGUCAGCUGGAGAGAAGUGGGGCUGGGUGAUGUCACACAAGCAGAGGGGGGGAGACAGGUUUAGGGCGGGGGACAUGUGGGGGGCGGCAGACAGCUACAGCCGAGCCAUCAAACUCCUCAUCACCUUAAAACUACACACCCGGGGAGAAGGGGAGGAGAUGACUCCGAUAGAGGAGGAGGAGGAGGAUGAGGAGACGGAGAAGAAAGAUAGCCUAGAGGCCCCUACAGAUCAUCAGUACCGUUCCACCAAGGCCUCUCUCUACUCCAACCUAUCCCUAUGUCAGCUGAAACUGGGCCAGUGGUCCCGGGCCAGAGGGUGUGCAUCCAGAUCCACGCUGCUGGAUCCCCAAGGGCUGAAGGCCUGGUACCGCCUUGGGCAGGCCAACCUGGAGGCAGGGGAGCUGGAGGAGGCCAACAGGGCCUUCAGAAAACUACAGGAGCUCCAGCCUGACUCUCCCUCCGCCCUGAGAGGACUGAGAGAGGUGGGGAGGAGGGAGCGAGAGACGAAUAGCAGACUGGGACAGAGACUCGGCAAGAUGUUCAGCUGAAGAGGGAGAGUGAAAGAGGACUGAUAGCCAACUGGGACAGGGACUGAGUCAAAUGUUCAGCCAAGAAGGAGAGGGUGACAAUUAGCAGACUAUUUUUUUAAUCCACAAAUAGUGUUAGGCUGCAUUUAUAUAAGUAGCCCAAUUCUGAUAUUUUUUCCAAUAUUGGUCUUUGACCAAUCACAAGUAAAAUAAAUAUCAGAAUUGGGAUGUCUGUGUAAAUAUGGGCACUGGAUUAUGAGAUUUAAGUGUCAGUCAUUUUUUUCAUUAUUUUCUUGAACUGUUAAGACACGAGCUGUUCUAGAAAAUACAUUUAAGAAGUGGUAUAGAAAUUAGCUGGAAUUAUGGGAAGGGCGGCUUUUCACAAACUCUGUCCUGGGGACGCCAAGAGCCACACAUUGAGGUUUUUGCCCUAGCACUACAUUACUAAUUCAAAUAAUCAAAGUUUGACAAUGAGUUAGUUAUUUGAAUCAGCUGUGUAGAGUCAGGGCACCCCAGUUAGAAACGCUGGGGCAGGAUUAGGGUUGUAAAGGGAGGGUACAACACAAAUGAGUGCCUACUCUGACAAAUCAGUCUGGUCUUGACAUCAAACAAACAAUAGCCCAGGCCAAUGAUACGGGAAAAAAAGAUUGUACAUCUUAGGAGGAGAUAUCUAUGUGUAUCUAUCUACACACACACAUGUACAGUUGAAGUCAGAAGUUUAUUUACACCUUAGCCAAAUACAUUUAAACUCAGUUUUUCACGAUUCCUGACAUUUAAUCCUAGUAAACAGUACCUGUCUUAGG